AUGACCGCGCCCUUUCAGUGGCCACGCCCAUUAAACCCCCCCUGCGACCCCCCCAGGUCCUGGCAGAGCCGGGGCUGUGUCUGGGGGGGCGGGGGUCCCCUAAACCCCCCCUGUGACCCCCCCAGGUCCUGGCAGAGCCUGUACUGCGUGCUGCGGGGGGGGGUCCUGAGCGUGUUCAAGGACGCGCGGGGGGCGGGGGCGGGGGUCCCGUACCACGGCGAGCCCCCCGCCCCCCUGCGUGGCGCCCGCUGCCAGCCCGCCACCGCCUACCGCAAACGGAAACACGUCUUCAGGCUGGGGCUGAGCGAUGGGAAGGAAUUCCUGUUCCAGGCUAAGGAUGAGGCCGACAUGGCCCUGUGGCUCCGGGGGAUCGAAGCCGCCGCCGGGGCCGCGCCGGGCUCGGGGGGGCCCCGGGAGGGCUCGGGGGUCCCCGGAGGUCCCCCCAAGGGGAUGUCGAGGGCCCUGAGCCUCCCCCCGGUGCCCCCCCCGGCCGAGGGAGCCCCCCGGGCCCGCGAGCCCAAGGAGAGGGAGAAACGCUUCAGCUUCUUCAAGAAGAACAAGUAGAGUUUGAGUUUGGGGGUCCCGCGGGCACGGAGGGACACGGGGGGACCCUGGGGGGCUCAGUGUGUCCCCCCCCCCCCCCCCCGUCCCGGUGAUGUCACCGUGCAGCCCCCACCCCAAUAAAGUGAUUGGAGACAGAGA